CCCUUUCCCCACAGUUUUGUAGAGAGAGAACUCAAGAAGCUAUCAGCUUAAUUACAGCGGAGAGACAAAAGAGACAGAGGGCAGAAACAAUUCAAAGCCAUGAAGGGUUCUUCUGUCUGGAUUGCGGUAUUUCUGCUCUGUAUGCUCUUCAUUCCCACCCUUACUUCUGGCAGACAAAUCCGCCGGCUACACUCCCGUCACCGUCAUCACCAUUCAUCAGCAAGACAUGGCACGGUGGUGAACACCGAUCAGGCUAACUGGGAAAGAAGGCCAUUAGGGCAGCAGAGGAAGCCUGACACGCUCCAAGUCGCAGGGUCAAGGCUACCCGAUUGCUCGCAUGCUUGCGGGUCGUGCUCGCCAUGCCGACUGGUUAUGGUGAGCUUCGUCUGUGCUUCGCUGGCAGAGGCCGAGACAUGUCCCAUUGCUUACAAGUGCAUGUGCAAGAACAAGUCUUAUCCUGUUCCAUGAUCUGAAUUAAUACAUAUACUCGAUCUUUAAGACUCACAUUAUAUGAUAUCCCUUACCACUUACCGACCAUUGUAUUUGUACGUAACAUAGUUUUCUUUGUGAGGUAGACUUACAGGGCUUCCUACGUGUAAUCAAAGAGUUUUCCAAGCUAGUUUCCUUUGAUUAUUUUAUGCACGUAGAGCCGUUUCUUCCAUCUUUUGCUCCGUUGCUAAUUGUCUUUCCCCAACUACCACCAAUCGGGCAUAUGUAAUGCAUAAUGUUUAAUUUAGAUUAAUGGAAAAGCUGAAGCAUGAGUAAUUU